CGGGUCUGAGGCCUGCGGGCGUCUUAAUCUUUGCACGACCCCCUGCAUCUCAAACUCUGGGAGGAGCCCUUCCGGCGAAGGCGGGGCGAUGCCGGGGAAUCGGCAGCCAAGGGUCCGGUCCGGUAACGAGCCUCGUCGCGCGUCCGCCAUGGAGCCCGAGGGGCGCGGGGCCUGGGCUCACAGCCGCGCUGCGCUGGACCGGUUGGAGAAGUUGCUGUGCUGCUCACGGUGCACUAAUAUUCUGAGGGAGCCUGUGUGUUUAGGGGGAUGUGAGCACAUCUUCUGUAGUAAUUGUGUAAGUGACUGUGUUGGAACCGCAUGUCCGGUGUGUUACACCCCUGCCUGGAUACAAGAUGUGAAGAUAAACAGACAGUUGGACAGCAUGAUCCAGCUUUGUAGUAAGCUUCGGAAUUUGCUGCAUGAGGAUAAGCUGUCAGAUUUGAAAGAAGACACAUCUAGGCGAAAUGUAUUCAGUGACGCGGAAAAUAAGAAGAACUCAAUAAAAAUGUGGUUUAGUCCUCGAAGUAAGAAGGUCAGAUAUGUUGUGAGUAAAGUUGCAGUGCAAACCCAGCCUCGAGUGACAGAUGGUGAGAGCGCUCAUCAAGCCUCAAUGUAUGACUUUAUCUCUACCAGUCCCCCAAUGAGUGGUCCUGUUAGGCCUAAAAAGGCAUCCACAAGAUCUGGAAAAAAAAAAAGAAAGAAAACUUUAGCUAAAAUCAACCAAGAAUGGAAUUUCGAGGCAGAAAAGGAAGAUGGUGAACCUGAUUCCAAAGAGGAAUUUAAGGAAAAGCUGGUAUCUUUCUGUAGCCAGUUGUCUGUUACUGCUAGUCCUCAGACAAAUGGUGGCAUAGACUUACUUGCCAGCGACUCUGUAACGGAAUCAGAGUGUUCUAGAAGCUUAACUGAAGGCUCUUUACCAUUGGCUGAGCAAAUAGAGUCUCCGGAAGUGGAGAGCAGGAACGAAGACCUGACUCCUGAGAAGAAUCUCUGUGCGAAUCAUCUUACAUCUAAGCAGUCCUUGCCAUCAGGUCAUAAUGGGCUACGUGGACAUCGCAGCAGACGGUCCAGUCCCGUUUCUAAGAGAUGCAGAAGCAGCGUUCCUGGCACCAGUGGGCAGCAAAUGGUGCUUUCAGAAAACAAACCACUGCCUGACUGCUCUUCACCACCUCCAAGCAAACGUAAAGUUGGUGACACAUUAAGGAGGAAAAACAGUAAUGUAUCAGACGGAUCUAUGAGCCUUUCACCACCUUCUGCACUGAACAGUCCAAGUUACAGACGGGUGAUGUCUAACCCCUCAGCAAUGAAGCUGUCUCCCGGUAGCCUUACAGCUAUGAAAAGAAAUCAUAGAGGAGAGACUUUACUUCAUAUUGCUUCAAUUAAGGGCGAUCUACCUUCUGUGGAAUACCUCUUACAAAAUGGAAGUGACCCAAAUGUUAAAGACCAUGCUGGAUGGACACCAUUGCAUGAAGCCUGCAACCAUGGGCACCUGAAGGUGGUGGAAAUAUUGCUGCAGCACAAGGCACUGGUGAACUCCACUGGCUAUCAGAACGACUCUCCACUCCACGAUGCCGCCAAGAAUGGGCACGUGGAUAUAGUCAAGCUCUUACUUUCUUAUGGAGCCUCCAGGAAUGCCAUUAACAUAUUUGGUUUGCGGCCUGUGGAUUAUGCAGACGGUGAAAAUAUGAAGUCACUUUUGCUGCUACCAGAGGAGAAUGAAUCAUCAUCAACUCGCCAUUGCUCAGUAACAAACACUGGUCAGCGUAGAGAUGGACCUCUUGUGCUUAUCGGCAGCGGGCUUUCUUCAGAACAACAAAAAAUGCUCAGUGAGCUUGCAGUGAUUCUUAAGGCUAAAAAAUGUGCUGAAUUCGACAGUACAGUAACUCAUGUCAUUCUUCCUGGGGAUACAGUUCAAAGUACCCUAAAAUGUAUGCUUGGGAUUCUCAAUGGAUGUUGGAUCUUAAAAUUCGAAUGGGUGAAAGCAUGUCUACAAAGAAAAACAUGUGAACAGGAGGAAAAGUAUGAGAUUCCUGAAGGACCACAGCGAAGCAGGCUCAACAAGGAACAGCUGUUGCCGAAGCUGUUUGAUGGCUGCUACUUCUAUUUUGGGGGAACCUUCAAACACCAUCCAAAGGACAACCUUGUUAAGCUUGUCACUGCAGCUGGGGGCCAGGUCCUCAGCCGAAAACCCAAGCCAGACAGUGACGUGACUCAGACCAUCAAUACGGUCGCCUACCACGCAAAAGCUGACUCCGAUCAGCGCUUCUGCACGCAGUAUAUCAUCUAUGAGGAUCUGUCUAGUCACCGCCCAGAGAGGGUGCGGCAGGGCAAAGUCUGGAUGGCUCCUUCCAGCUGGUUUAUAAAUUGUGUGAUGUCCUUUGAGUUGCUCCCUCUUGACAGCUGACUAUCGCAUCAGAUUAACAUUUCACAUUGAACUUACAAGUGUGAGAACCGGCCACGGCACUGCUCUGAUCAGACACAUUUUUAUAAAUGAGGCAGACUCAUUCAUGCCUAUUUUUUUCUUGAUUAAAAAUUUAAAAAAACUUA